UAGAAGCACGUUUUUUUCCGUAAUUUACGUAGCGUAGAGGCGGUAACAGUUACGUAGAAACGUCGGGACGAAACCGUACGACAAUGUCGCGGCAGCCAGCACACUGGGGAAAAAUCGUAUUCGUAUAUAUUUUCCAAUUAUUUUCAUAUGCAACUUCCACGGUGCAUGUGCAACUGAUCGCGCCGUACUACGCGACGUACGGAAGCACCGUCGUUCUGCACUGCAACCACAGUGUCCCGGACGCUUUCUUGCAUAAAGUGGAAUUCAUGAAAGACGACAAGAAGAUACUGCAGUACAUAAAGGAUAGGAAACCGCCGUUCGUCGAAUGGCGGGUGGAUGGCGCGAAUAUGGAGUACUUGGAAAACGGCACGACAAUCAAACUAAAGGACGUACGCUUCGAGACGUCCGGUUCGUAUUCCUGUCAGGUCUCGAUGACGACUCCUAUUUAUACCGAGGCUUCCGAACCCGUUCAAAUGAAAGUUAUAGUACCACAGACUGAAAAUCCGAAGAUCACGUUCAAGAAAAGCAUGUACGUGGUCGGCGAAAGUUUAGAGGCGAACUGCACCUCAUCGGCCGCGCAUCCAGUUCCUCACUUGACAUGGUACAUAAACGACAAGGAGGUAGAUAUCACUUUGGUCAAUCAUUAUCCGCAUACGCGUCAGAAGGACCAACUGAUGUCCGCUACUGCGAAAUUAAUGAUAGAGGUAUCCGCGUUGCAUGCUGGGGAAAACGGAUAUUUGGAGAUCAGCUGUUAUUCCACCAUCCCAGGGUACCCAAUAAACGAGCAGUAUGCUGACGUCAGAAAGGAAACGGUCUCGGUGCAAAUUAUACCCGCGCCGAUCGUCGUGACCUCAUCGCAGUCUAUCGCGCGAGGGUGGCCCAUGACUGCGUUACUGUGCAUACUAUGCGCGAUGCACAAAAUCAUUCCUUAAUAAAAGUCAAUUGCAUUAGGAUAAUUAACGAAAGAAAUAAAGAAAACAAAAAGAAGGAACGAGAGAACAAAAAUAAAUUAUGUAAUAUACGUAACGUGAAGAGA